UACCAGAGCGAUGCGCGUUAGUUGGGAAUUGGGAUCGAUCGACGAGUUUCUUGCUGCUCUUCUUCUUGCCGUUGUUGCUUCGUCUCUCUUCCUUCAGCACGGAAACAAUACUGACCCAAAUUACGUAAACCAAUAUCCAAAAAGAUUUACACAGCAACAUUCGUUCGUCAUCACCUAAGAAAAAGUGCAGAAGAGGGGAAAACAGUCAAAGUUCCCGAAAUCCGAGGCUCUUCUUCUUCUGGGCUUUCUUGUUUUUGUAUACCGCGUUCCCUCUCUGAAUCUCUUGCCUUUUUCUCUCUAAAUUUUCCUACAGGGAGCCCGAUUUCUUCAAAGUUCGUAACUUUCUUCCUGCUUAGUUAUCAUCUCUCCCUUGGUUCGGAGAAUCUCCGGUUCUUUGAGUUUGCCCCAUCAGGGUUGGGCUCGAAUUCGCAGUAUUUGUUGUCAAAACCCUAGCUUUGGUUCGGGUUUCAGAACCGGAUUGUGGGUCAUCUGGGAAAUGAGCUCCUGACGUGCUAGGUCUUCUAACAAGUCAAGACCUGCUUGCAUUGGCAUCUGUUGUUAAUUUUGAGACUGGGCGAUUCUACAUUCGACGGUUUACUUCUAUCGAUGGGCUUCUGACCAUGAAUACAUUAUUUUGUACUGCAAGGGGAGAAUGCAAAAUCAAAGUGAAAGUCCAUGAAAAAAAAUUCCUUAUGGUACUAGAAUGUGAUUUAGGUUUAGGAUUUAUUCUGGUGGGUUGAUGUUAGUACCAGUAUGCCGGCUAUAGUUUGGAGAUAUGCAAAGGUAUCAUGCUGCCAGCUGCACUAGUGCAGUCAACAAUAAUGCGAUAGGUGGUGCAUCCGCUAGGGACACAGGACGAGCUGAUGCCUCUUCAAUUGGAAACCACUCUUUAAAUUCCAGGAGGUCUCCCCCGUUAACACCCUACAAGUUGAAGUGUGAAAAGAAUGGCCUGAAUUCCAGACUAGGGCCACCAGAUUUUCAUCCUCCGACAUCUGAUUCCCCUGAGGAGAAUCUGACCAAAGAGUAUGUACAGUUUGGAUACAAGGAAACUGUUGAGGGACUUGAGGAGGCUAAAGAGAUUACAUUGAGCCAAGUUCACAAUUUUUCAAAGCCUGUUGUCCUAAAGUGCAAAGAGGCUGUCAGAAAAUGUCUUAGGGCUAUUAAUGAAUCUCGUACGCUAAAGCGCAAGGCUGGCCAGGUUUAUGGGGUACCUCUCUCUGGUUCGCUUUUAUGUAAGCCUGGAUUUCCAGAACAAAGACAUUGUGGGGAGGAGGCAAGAAAAAAAUGGGUUGAGGGUUUAUCACAGCAGCACAAACGACUACGCUCUUUGGCUGAUAAUGUUCCACAUGGAUAUAGGAGAAAAUCCUUAUUUGAAGUCCUUAUAAGGAACAAUGUCCCAUUAUUGAGAGCUACUUGGUUUGUGAAAGUGACCUAUCUUAAUCAGGUGCGACCUGACAAGACACAGUCUGCUCGUUGUGAGCUGUGGACGAAAGAUGUUAUUGAUUAUUUGCAAUACCUCUUGGAUGAACUUUUGGCACGGAAUAACUCAUAUCCUACUCAGCACACAAAAGAUAGGACACCACAGAUGCUCUAUACGGCGGGAUCAGUGCAGAAGAUUAGUCCAGCCUCUGGAGCUGCUCCUGAUGGUAAGGAGCCAUCUCUACAUUUUAAAUGGUGGUAUAUGGUGCGCCUCCUCCAGUGGCACCAUGCAGAAGGGCUUCUUAUUCCUAAUCUCAUCAUCGAUUGGGUUCUGAAACUUCUUCAUGAACAGGAAGUCUUUGAAAUUCUGCAAUUGCUACUGCCUAUUGUAUAUGGAAUUUUAGAAAGCAUUGUACUUUCACAGACCUACAUACAGAGCCUUGUGGCAAUUGCUGUCCGAUUCAUCCAGGAACCUGCUCCUGGGGGUUCUGAUCUUGUUGAUAAUUCUCGAAGAGCAUAUACUCUUUCUGCUCUAAUUGAGAUGGUCCGCUACUUGAUACUUGCUGUGCCCGAUACAUUCGUUGCUUCGGAUUGCUUUCCUAUCCCUCCUUCAGUAGCAGCAUACGGACCUAAUGACGUGAUUUUUGCCUCAAAGGCAUAUGAGAAUUUGGAAAAGCUGAAAAGUGGUUUUUCGGAAGUGUCUUCUCAGUUGCAGGGUAGAAGCAUUGAUUCACGGUUUGAAUUCCUUUCUUUUGAUUAUAUCAUCUCAAUCAUCCAAAGAAGUGCCAAUGAUCUUGCAAAGGUUGCGAGUUCUGGUUAUCCUCGUCAUAAUGUGGCUAAAGCGGUUCAGGCCUUGGAUAAGGCUCUCUCGGAUGGAGAUAUUGGAACUGCUUAUGGUCACCUCUUUGAAGACCUCUCUAAUGGAGCUGCUGAUGAGGCCUGGAUUGCUGAAGUCAGCCCAUGCUUAAGAUCAUCCCUCAGAUGGAUUGGGUCCAUGAAUCCAUCCUUUGUUUGCUCCGUCUUUUUCCUUCUUGAAUGGGCGACAUGUGAUUUUAGAGAUUUUCAGUCUGGCAUGCCUAAGGAUAUCAAGUUCACGGGUAGAAAAGACUAUUCUCGGGUGUAUUUAGUUAUCCAGCUAUUGAAAAAAAAGAUUUUGGGUGCGGAAUCUAGGUCGCACCGGAAGAACCGGCGUAACAUUUUUCUUCGCUGCUCGACAGAUGUAUUGGAAAGCCCAGGUCCUUUGCACGAUAUUGUAGUUUGUUGGAUUGAUCAGCAUGAGGUACACGGCCGAGGAGGGAAACCCCUCCAACUGCUCGUUUUUGAACUUAUACGUUCGGGCAUCUUCUAUCCCAUAGCAUAUGCGAGACAGCUAAUAGUGAGCGGGAUGAUUGAUGCAAUUCGAUCUGUUGUUGGACUAGAAAAGAGAAUGAGACAUCACCGAAUAUUGAAGCAGCUACCUGGGGUUUUCGUCCGUGAUACCUUGGAGGAAGCACGAAUCUUAGGAGGUGCUAAGCUCACUGAAGCUGUGAAAACCUUUUCUAAUGAACGGCGUCUUCUUUUGCGAGAGCUGCAUGUUGAUAGGAAUAAAUAUAUGGAUAGUGUGGUUCUGCAAGAUCAGAGUUUAAAGCAUAAUCGUCAUUAUUCUGCUUCAGUUGGUUUGUCGAGGACAACUAAGGGCAUGAUGACCAAAAGCUGUGUGGACAUUGAAGAAAUAAAGGAGUUAAUAUCUGCUUUACUGCAUUUUCCAGAUAUGUCAUCUGGUAUGACAGAAUCUGUGCCGGAUGAUUCUCAAGGCAGUGUUAAGAGAUCUGGAGGAUCUUUUUGUAGCAAGAUGGAUCAAGCCGAAGCUACACAAGGGUUUGAAAAUGGUAGUAGAGCGAAGAAACCCAAACUGAACGAGGAGAAGAGCUCAUGCAUCAAAGGACAUUCGCCAGUAGCAUCAGAUGAAGAAGAUAACUACUGGUGGAUGAGGAAGGGCUCGAGUACAUUAGAGACUUGUUUGAAAGUUGAUCCACCACCAGCAAAUUCAAUUAAGCAAGUAACAAAGGGUAGGCAGAAGACUGUGCGUAAAACGCAGUCGCUGGCUCAGCUACAAGCUGCGAGGAUUGAAGGUAGCCAGGGUGCCUCAACGAGUCAUGUCUGUGAUAGUAAAGUAUGCUGUCCUCAUGGCCCUAACGUGGAUGGCGAAAAUCAUGAUGUGUUCAGAACUUCUGCCAGUGUGGAUGUUGUGUCCAUUGGAAACUCUUUGAAACAGCUUCGGUUUGUUGAGAAGAGGUCAAUUACUGUUUGGUUGGCAGCCAUAGUUCGGCAACUUCUUGAAGAGACCGAGAAGAAUAUUGUGACAGUUGGGCAGUUCAAUAGAGGUGGUGUUCCUGUUGAGGAGAGGAGCUCAGCGAGGUGGAAGCUUGGCGAGGAUGAGUUAUCUGCCAUAAUACAUCUGAUGGACACCUCUCUUGAUUUGGUUUCAGCUGUCAGAUUUCUUCUUUGGCUGUUGCCGAAAACCAGCAUUAGCCCAAGUUUCACCAUUCAGGGUGGGAGGAAUCUUCUCAUUGUACCGAAAAAUGUUGAGAACCAUGCAUGCGAAGUGGGCGAAGCGUUUUUGGUAUCAUCACUUCGAAGGUACGAAAAUAUUCUUCUGGCGUCAGAUCUUGUUCCCGAGGCUUUGUCGGCCCUAACAUCCCGUGCUGCAGCAAUUACGCCUAGUAAUGCAAAACUUUCGAGUUCAGCAGCCUUGGUUUAUGCUCGGUCUCUUCUGAAAAGAUAUGGGAGUCUUGCCAGUGUAGUGGAAUGGCAAAAGAACUUCAAAGUAACAUGUGAUAAGAGGCUUCUAUCUGAACUUGAUCAUACACGGUCAGAUGGGGAGUAUGGAAUUCCCCUCGGGGUUCCAGUGGGAAUAGAUAAUCCUGAUGACUAUUUACGUCAAAAAAUAAGUGUUACCCGACUUUCAAGAGUGGGUUUGGCAAUGCGAGAUGUGGUGCGACGGCAUACUGAUGAGGCCUCUCACUGUUUCACAAAGCUCGUAGGUUCUGGUAUGAUGAAAGAUGCUCUUGCGGAGAAAUAUGUCGAUGAUGGAUAUCAGUUUGCUCAAAGAAUUAUAGUUGGAUUAUUGGAUUGCAUUAGACAGACGGGUGGUGCAGCCCAAGAGGGCGAUCCCUCGCUGGUUUCCUCAGCUGUUUCUGCUAUCAUAAAUAGUGCAGGCUCUACCAUUUCGAGGAUUUCAGAUUUCUCUGUUGGUUAUAACUACAAUCAGAAUCAUUCAUCAUCCAAUAUUGCUAGAUACAUCCUUCAUAUCCAUAUAACAUGCCUUUGCCUUCUCAAGGAAACUCUUGGAGAGCGUCAACGCCGAGUAUUUGAAAUAGCACUUGCGACAGAAAGUUCCACAGCUCUUGCUGGGGUCUUUGCCCCCACGACAGGAAAGGCUACCCGGAGUCAGUAUCAGUCAUCUCCUGAAUCUCAUGAUUCAAAUGCAAACCCUGCAAAUGAAAUGAUGAACAAUACCAGCAAAAUAGCCUUCAACAGAGCAACAAAAAUCACCGCAGCUGUUUCUGCCCUCGUGGUUGGAGCUAUCAUCCAUGGUGUUAUAACUCUUGAGAGGAUGGUGGGUCUUCUGAGACUAAGGGAACGUCUAGAUUUUGUUCAGUUUGUAAGGAGUACGAAAUCAAGUUCUAAUGGCAGUGCCCGAUCUAUUGGAGCCUUUAAAGUGGAAAACUCCAUUGAAGUUUAUGUGCAUUGGUUCAGACUCCUUGUUGGUAAUUGCAGAACUGUUUCUGAAGGGCUUGUUUUGGAACUUGUGGGUGAGCCUUCGGUAGUGGCCAUAUCGCAUAUGCAACGUAUGCUUCCGCUAAAUUUUGUCUUUCCGCCUGCUUAUGCCAUUUUAGCCUUUGUUCUGUGGAGGCCAUUUGUUCUGAUCAGUAACUCCAGCAUUCAUGAAGACACACACCGGCUUUAUCAGUCUUUGACAAUGGCCAUCAAUGAUGCGAUAAAACACCAUCCUUUUCAGGAUAUGUGCUUGAGAGACACCCGAGAACUCUAUGAUCUUAUCGUUGCUGAUCCCACUGAUGCUGAGUUUGCAUCGGUGAUAGAGUUGAAUGGUUUUGACAUGAACUUGAAAUCAGUAGCAUUUGUUCCUCUCCGUGCACGUCUUUUCCUGAAUGCCAUAAUCGAUUCUAGGAUUCCAGCCUCUGUUUAUUCACAGGGAGGUGGAGGAGGCAGUGAAGGAAAAACCAGGCAUCAGGGAAAUGGAACGAAGCUUCAAGACAAGCUCAUGUCCGUACUAGAUUCCCUGCAACCUGCAAAGUUUAACUGGCAAUGGGUUGAACUCAGGCUACUUCUGAACGAGCAAGCACUGAUCGAUAAACUUGAAAACCAUGACAUGUCUUUGGCAGAGGCCAUACGAUCAUCCUGUCCUACCUCUGAAACGACUGAUGCUUCUGAGCAUGAGAAAACCUUUAUUGAAAUCAUUCUCACAAGGUUAUUGGUUAGACCUGAAGCUGUACCGCUUUUCUCAGAGUUGGUUCAUCUUUUAGGGAGGUGGGUGGAGGAUUCGAUGUUGAAGCAGGCGGAAUGGGUCCUCCUUGGUCAGGAUGCUGUUUUCGGCCGAAAAACUAUCAGACAGAAACUGGUUUCAAUUGUUGAGAGAGGAAAGUAUCACACCAAACCACCCCAGUGUCAGAAGCCUUGGGGUUGGGGUUGGGGCAACUCCAGUGGUGCUCCUUCUAUGGCACAUAAGGCAGAGAAGAAAAAGAAGUCGGAAAUUACUGCUGCUAUUGAAGAGGGAGAAGUGGUUGAAGAAGGAAUGGAUUCAACAAAGACGUCUGACAAGGAUCCCAGUCUCAGCCAUGAAAUAACAACAGAGAGGGCUUUUGUGCAGAUGGUUCUUCCAUGCAUAGAUCAUAGCUCCGAUGCAUCUCGGAGUGCAUUUCUCAAUGAGCUGAUGAAGCAGUUUAGCCAAAUUGAACAGCUGAUAAGUUCAGCUAGCCGUUGUUCAACCAAGCAACCGGGAACCAUUUCUUCUGUGUCUGAAGUGCCUUCAAAUAAAGCAGGUACCACCCGAAAGGGGAUACGAGGUAGUAGUAGCAGUCCCAGUAUUCCAAAGAAACUAUCAACUCCCGAGAGUUUGCCAUCUUCCCCUGCAGCGUUGAGGGCCUCUAUAUCGUUGCGGUUGCAAUUUCUACUGAGAUUACUGCCUGUCAUUUGCCGGGAGACUUCAAGUCGAAGCACAAGACAGACACUUGGGUCCACUAUAAUACGGCUGCUAGGAAGCCAAGUAGUUUAUGAAGAUUCCACUCCUCGCUUAUACUGUAGUAGUAACCUCUCAAGUACAGAUGCAGAAUCAAGGGUAGAUCCUCCCGCUAUGGCUAUGACAAUGUCGGAUUGUUCCAGUGAAGCCUUAUUUGACCGGCUUCUGUUUUUAUUGCAUGGGCUAUUAAGCAAUCACCAGCCCCGUUGGCUUAACCCAAGGCCAGCCUCAAAGCUCCUAAUUGAAUCUUCCAAAGAUUUUGCUCCGUUUGAUCGUGAUGUAGCUGAGAGUUUGCAGAAUGAGCUGGAGAGGAUGCAGUUGCCAGAUGCUGUAAGGUGGCGAAUCCAAGCUGCGAUGCCAAUUCUUCUCCCGUCACCACGGUGUUAUAUCUCAUGCCAGCCGCUUGCUGUUCCUGCUACCGCACUCUCGCUGCUUCAGCGCCCUUCAGCAUCCACCCCAGGAGCUUCUUCAAAUAUAACUCCCAUUCCAAAAACUGGAAACACAGCCCAUUCAAAACUGAAGCAACAAGAACUGGACAGCACAGACAUAGACCCGUGGAUGCUUAUUGAAGAUGGAACAGGCACAGGGACAGGGACAGGGUCAGGUAUAUCAAACAGCGACCACACCAAUCUAAGAGCAGCCAGUUGGCUGAGAGGUGCAAUGAGGGUCAGACGGACUGAGCUGACUUACGCUGGUUCCAUGGACGAGGACUGCUGAUUCGAGCUGUUUGGAUUCCUUUAUACUUUUGACCACACACAAAGAACCUGGAGAGAGAGAGAGACCAACACAGCAAAAAGCAUGGAUGUUCGGUGAAAGAAGCGUCAUCUGUAUUUGUAUCUUGCGGCAAUCAUUUUUUUGAGGGGUUUGAGAAGGUUUGGAGCCGCAGGAGUCUUUGGCGGUCUGUCUGCCUGUGCAUCGUCGGACAGUCCUUGACGGUCUGGUUCUGGCCAAGUGAGAGCGUGUAUUUUAACUUCUAACCCUUUGCGUUCGGUCGCAGCCCUCCAUGUGUAUAUUAUAUAUAUAGGGAUAAUUAAUUGGGUUCCGGUUCUUGCUCAGUUCAAUUUAUUAUGUAAACUGAUCCCGAGAACUAUAUGUAUCUCCGUUUUCAUUCCUUAUUGAUCCCAUCUUUACUU